UUAGGCGAAGCCACGUUUACACCCCUACAGUUGCUACCACGUUAACGUUUUCAUCCUCACUCAUCAGCUUCUUCUUCGCUCAGGUUUUUUGCAGUGUCGCAAAACCGAACCAAUCAUCAUUCAUUCACAUACAUACACACAUGGAGGAGAGAGAAGAAGGGAAGGUGGAGAAGAUGAUGGUGAUGGAAGGAGUAGCAUCAAUUGCAUUGCUUCCAUGUGGGUCUAUCUCAGGGCACUUCGUCCAACUUCCCCAUUCUAUUUGCUAUGGUCUUCAUGGCACUGAAUUGGCAUGUGAAAGGGAAUGCAGUAGGGGUGAGGAUUAUCGACUCAUCAAACUCACAAUCACAGAUUUCAAUGCAAAGAAAGAACAAGCCACUGUCGUGGAGUGCAAAGGCCAUGAUGCUGCUCGAUUCAACAGCAUUGAUCAUGCUCAUGGUUGGGAUAAGGAUGUCACAAGUAUGAUUGAACAAAAGGAUGUGAAGAAAAGAAUCUUGGUUUCAUUCGAGUGUCAGACAUUGAAAGCUGAGAAAGCAGCUGAAGACCACAUCAAACAGUUCAUGCCAAAAUUAGCUGGGCUGGAUGCUGUUGUUAACAUUGGAAGGAUGACAAUUUCUGGGUUGGACUUUGGAGCAGAGGAAGUGGAGACUGAGUAGAAAAUUUGAUAUUUUAACUAGUUAAUAACUUAAUAUGCAUUAAGCUACUGAGAGAAAGACAUCAAUGCAUGAUUUGCAGAGAACUAUUUUGUAGGAAGGUAAGAACCUGUAUUUUGCCCCAUAUAUAUAAAGGAAAAGAUGAGUAUGAUCUUUUUUUUUC